GCAGCGCCGGAGACCCAGAGGAGAGCGGCAGCAGCAACGAGAGUCAUCACAGACAGGAACGACUGAAAACCGCCACAGGAAGAAGAAAAUGCAGCCAAAUUUCUCAGUUUGCUGUUUUUCUCUGCUGUUCAUUAAUUUCAUAGGAGCUAAGCCCAUUUCUGACAUACAGAGUUUGCAGCAGCUUUUGGAGAAUGAAAUCAUCAACUUUCCCCUCUCCUCUGAGGAGGCGCAGGUGGAGGAGAGCGACUUCGGCUCAGACAGGUCUGUGCUUGGCACUGUGGGGCAGCGGGAGCCGUGGAGCACCGUCGACCGCCGCAGCGCCGCGCCGCUGGCCAAAGACGACGUGCUGGCGCGUUUCCUCAAAGACAUCAUGACCACCUCCAAGCGUUCGUGGAGCCGAUACAAGAAAGGCGGUUUGAGGAGCUGCUUCGGGGUCCGCCUGGAGCGGAUCGGCUCCUUCAGCGGACUGGGAUGCUGAGGUCCGUUCUCCCAGAGACGUUGCAGACCGCCGCAGCAGUUACUGCUCUCACCCAACACAGAUUUAUUCCCUUUCAUUGUGUUUUCUAAAAUGAAAGCUGCUGAAUUCUAAUUUAUUGUUUGUGUAUUUAUUAUUUAUCUUUCUAUUGGAUAAAGUCAAGUUGCCUUGUGAUUUUCUGUAUUGGAG